GACGAGUGUAACCAGAUGUUGGGCGCGUGCAGUCACUCGUGUAUCAACGUCCCGGGCAGCUAUCGGUGCACGUGUCCGCCGGGGCUGCGGCUGCUGCCCAACGGAAAGUGCACCGACAUUGACGAGUGCGCGGCCAAGAUGCACAACUGCCACUACGACGAACAGUGCGUCAACACAGUCGGCUCGUUCAAGUGCGUGCGGCCCUGCCAGCGCGGCUUCAAGCUGACCGGCACCGGCGAAUGUGUCGACAUUGACGAGUGCGCCAAGAUGAUCGACCGGUGUCACUUCACCCAGGAGUGUCGCAACCUGCAGGGCUCCUACCGGUGCAUCUGUCCGCCCGGUUUCCGCUCGGACGGACCCGGAUUCCCCUGCACAGAUAUAAACGAGUGUGACAUAGCGGGCACGUGCCAGCACAACUGUACCAAUCUGGACGGCGGGUUCAUCUGCUCCUGUCCGUCCGGCUACCGGCUCAACCCCAACAAACGCACCUGUGACGACAUCGACGAGUGUUCGGAGAACGGCGUGACGUGUGCCGCCGACCACACGUGCUUCAACAAGCGGGGCUCCUACAGCUGCGCCGACGUCAGCUGUCCGGCCGGCUACGUGCGAGACCCGGGCACCAGCCUGUGCCUGAAGCGGUGCCGGCAGCGCUCCGAGUGUAUCCCGGGCACCUGGUACUCAGGCUCACUGUCCCACAAGCUGCUGGCGCUGCCGGCCGGCGUCGGCGCCGGACAGGACGUGGUCGAACUGCGCGUCAGCGACCUCACCAACCCCGGACGGCACGUCCAGAGGACCUUCUUCAGCGCUCCCCGCCUGUGCCCACGUCUCUCCGUGUACCUGGUGCCUGUACGGCGGCGGAGGCGGGCAGCCGUCCUCACUGCGCCCCUCUACUGGUCCGGCCCGGCCGGCGGGCCCGCCGCGUCUCUGUACCACCCGGCGCCGGCAGCACUCACCCUGCCCCUGUUCCGCCCCGUCGCGGCGCCUCCCGCUGCCGGUGGACUGACCGCGCCCCCGCACCGUCCUCGGCCGGCCGGGCGCACCACGCCCCUCUAUAGACCGGGCCCUCGGCGCUCGGCUGAGCUCACGGCCCCAGCUCUGCCCGUGGAAGGGCAGCCGUGGUCGCGCUCUCCGUUAACUGCGCGGCCGUGGUCCGACAGGCUGGCGCAGCGCUCGGGAGGGGCGCCGUUCGGGGUGCGCCGGAAAAACGGCAGAGGGGUGCUGUACACAACCCGGCCGCUGCCGGCCGGAGCCGAGUACAGGCUGGAGAUCGACGGUUUCACCUACAGUCAGGAGGUGCGCGGCUGGCAGGAGACGUCCAAGUUCGUGGUAUCUGUGGCCGUCUCCAUGUACCCGUACUGAGGGACUGGGAGCCGCCCUGACGGGGCCGCGCCAGACGGCUCUGCUGUGGGAGCCCGCCGCAGCCCGGACCUCGAGUCGGGAGAUACACCACCGAGGGAUACUCGGCGGGAACGAUGUGCCAAAACGCGCUUCGAGCUUAUCUAAGUGCCUUUUAGAGUUUUUAGACGUGUAAGGUGAUUGUGAAAUGUGCUGCCACCUCGUGGUCAAUGGGAUCUGAAUAUGUGGAUAUUCGGAUGUCUUCUCUUGUCUUUUGACGAGUACUUAUUUAAGUGGGGUUUAUCGAUCGAGCAAGCAUAGCAGCUUCUGUGACGUGGUUUUCGCUGAAACUGUUCUCUUCAUACGUUUGUUAGCUAAAAGCUACUCAUAUUUGAUGUCAUUGCAUUAUAUAUUUGUAAAGUUU